AUGGCCCAGCUCUCGCAGAACCACGCAAUGGACGCCGCCUUCGCCGCCGGCACCAACGGCUUCGAAGCCGACCCAACUUCGAAAGCUCCCUUAUCCAACUUCCCGUUCUUCAAAAACUAUGGCACCGACAAAAAGACAAGAGAUGGACAACCGCCUAAGAGGCGUGGUCCGAAGCCCGACAGCAAGCCUGCCUUGACGCGUAGGCAAGAGCUCAAUCGCCAGGCUCAGCGAACGCAUCGUGAGCGCAAAGAGAUGUACAUCAAGGCUCUUGAGCAAGAAGUGCUUCGCCUGAAAGAGCUCUUCUCUCACACCGCACGAGAGCGUGACGCCGUCGCCGAGGAGAAUCGCCGCCUGAAGGAGCUUCUCGCCGCUCACGGCAUCGCCUUCGAUUCCAACAGCCCUGCCAGUGCCUUCCAGCAGAUGGCAGGUUCCAGCUAUGGAGGCAGCUCACGUGGCAGUGUCUCUGGAAGCUACCACGCAGGUACAGCUUCGACCGGUUACACGUCGCCGCCGCCUUCAAUGCCCGCGCGCCCUGCCCCCGGCCUUCCCAUGCAGGGAAUCCCCCCUCAGCAGCCGCAUGGCCAACUGCAACCGGCUCAGACCGGUAUGGACUAUGACCAGAUAGGCAUAGACUUUGUCUUAACUCUCGAGAAGCCAUGCAUGGAGCACAUGCAAUUCCUGCUGGUACGGGCCGAGGACAACGAGGCGGACGUGUCGGGUCACGCGCUCAUGCAGACGUGCCCGCCGCACUCUCACAUCGCCCAGCACCCCGAGGAGAAGUACCCGCACAAGAUGCUCGACGUGUCGCAGCCAGACCUCAUGAAGCUGCUCGAUCUGUCGCAUCGCCUGCCCACCAUGGAGGGCGAAAUCACGCCUGUCAUGGCUUGGGUGUCCAUCAUCCAGGACCAGCGCUUCUCGGAGCUGGCCAAGGAGGACAUCGAGGCAGUGAAGGGCGACCUGCUGGCGAAAGUGCGGUGCUAUGGUUUCGGUGCCGUCAUCGAGGAAUUCGAAGUCCGCGAUGCACUCAACAGCGUCUUAGCCGCGAAGGGUCAAAUCGGCACUGCCGGUCCGGUGCUCGAAUAG